CUGUCACUGAUAGUGGCUGCUAAUUUCUGUGUUUCAAAAGCCUGUUGACUCUUUUGUAAGGGAGUGCAGCAUCUUCUAUUCCUUUACCUAUUUGGGUUCUACUCAGAUUUGCUUGCAAAAGGAUCCCUCAAAUACGUAAACAUGAAUGAUGAAGACAUUAGCACCACUUAUGACACAGUCCAGAGAGAGACCGUGUAUGAGGUUCCAGACCAGCCAGCAGAAAAUGAAGGUCCCCUUUAUCACAACAUCCAUGAAGACUGGAGCUCAGAAAACAAUUUAUAUGCCACUGAGCUGGAAACUCAUGAAUAUGAAUCUGUAUCAGUUGAUGCUGUCGGAGGUGAGGAAAACAGCUUGGCUUUUUCCCAAUCAGAAGAAGAAGGCUACACCCAGCCUUAUGCAGUAUGUCCCGUGGCCCAGGAUCCUCAACCAGAUGAGCCCCAGGAGGACCAGAACAUCUCAACGGAAGAAUUAUACUCACCAAUUCAGUACCAGGAGACGAGCCCAGAAGAGCUACAGGAGAACAGAAGCAUGAUGGAGGGGAGCCUGCCUUCUCCUUCAAGCUUCACCGUCCAGAAGGCCAGUGAAUAUUCCCUCACCUGCUAUUCUGCUGCCAAUGAUUUGGAAGAAGAAGAAGAAGAAUCAGCUCCCAUGAACCCCGAGAUCAACCUCUUUGUGAAGGCCGGGAUCGAUGGGGAAAGCAUCGGCAACUGUCCCUUCUCUCAGCGCCUCUUUAUGAUCCUCUGGCUGAAAGGAGUCGUGUUCAAUGUCACCACGGUGGACCUGAAAAGAAAACCAGCCGACCUGCACAACCUCGCCCCCGGCACCCAUCCGCCCUUCCUGACCUUCAACGGGGAUGUGAAGACGGACGUCAAUAAGAUCGAGGAGUUCCUGGAGGAGACUCUGACCCCUGAAAAGUACCCCAGACUGGCUGCAAAGCACCGGGAAUCCAACACAGCAGGCAUCGACAUCUUCUCCAAGUUCUCUGCCUACAUCAAAAACACCAAGCAGCAGAACAAUGCUGCCCUUGAGAGAGGCCUGAACAAGGCACUGAAGAAACUGGAUGACUACCUGAGCACUCCUCUGCCGGAGGAGAUCGACGCCAACACUUGUGGGGACGAUGACAGGGGGUCCCGGCGCAAGUUCCUGGAUGGGGAUGAGCUGACCCUGGCCGACUGCAAUCUGUUGCCCAAACUCCACGUGGUCAAGACAUGUGCUGAUUACCCGCUCAAGAAUCGCUUGCUGAAUAAGAUUGUGGCCAAGAAAUACCGCAACUACGACUUCCCGGCAGAGAUGACAGGCCUGUGGCGGUACCUCAAGAACGCCUACGCCCGGGACGAGUUCACCAACACCUGUGCCGCUGACUCAGAGAUCGAGCUGGCCUACGCCGACGUCGCCAAGCGCCUCAGCCGAUCCUGAGCUCGGCCAUCUUGGCCAUCUCGCCCCGUCACUGCUGCAGAACUCAGCUUCUCCCAAAGGACUCCUCUUCACAGACCCCCCUCCACUUUGCCUCGGGACACGUUUUUAAUGGUCAGGCCAUGCCUUGCUAGCAUCAUUCAAACUCCAGCCUGCCAUCUUAGUGAAGGUCAGCGCCAGCCCAUCUGAUCACACAGGACUCCGCAAGCAGAAAUGCUAGACCUAGUCAAGCUCUCAGCCUUUGGGUCCAGUCUGGGUUCAGCGUAUUUGGGGUCAGUGUUACACUGGCCCCUUCUGCCAAUAUCAAAACAUCUCCUCAGAUGCAUUAGAAACUUGCAACGCCCUGUUCUCUUCCUUCCUCCUCUUUGUUCGUAACUCCGAGGCCAAGGACAAAUGCCAUCUUAGCUCUUAUUACAUAAAGAUCCCCUGCUCUCAGGGGUCGGAGAGAGUGAAUGGAGAGGGACCAAGCAGGUUGUGGAUUUUGACAUCGGGCAGACACACCUUGAGUCACUCACUACUUCCUGAAACUCCUGGACUCUGAAGGCCAGACUGGAAAGCCACGUCAGGCCCAGUCUCAGUUCAUUGCAGUGUUCUGACGGUCACGGUGCCAUCGUGUACCUGGCUGACACCGACCUCUGUGUUUAUACUGUCCAGGCCUUGCCAGGAAAGGAAAUUGGCAUCAAUUCCAAACUGGGGGCAUGGGGGAGGAGGGGAAGGGAGCAGCAUUGAUGCCAAAAGGCCCUAGGGGUCUACCAGCCAUGGGGUUUGCUUGCUUAGGGGUAGUUGCUUCUUUGCAGGUUACAUGCCUGGGUUUGACUAUGUUUAUCUACAAGUGAAUUUUGGUCUGUGAGAAAGUAGAAGAGCAUGGGAGGUGGAGGGAAGGGUGAAGAUUUAAAAUAUCCUUUAUGAUGCUCAAUGUUCCCUGGAAAUUUUGAAGUCAGGUCUUCUCUCUCCUAAACUAAGUCUUGAACUGAUGUUGGCAUGUAAUUACCAACCUUAUAGCAAAAACCCAAGAAUUGGCCAAAAAUGACUUUGCAGGCUCUUGAGGUUGUUCCUGGAUACGGAUCUGCCACCUGGGGGCUCGCAGGCAGCUGCUCCGGGCUGAUCCAGCCGCAGCCUCCCCUGGGGGAGAGUCACAAUGAGGAGGUGGCAUGGUCAUGGAACCUUAGGAAGAAAGUCCUCGAGCUUUUCUGACUGGGAAACCAUGCGGUUUGAACUUGAAGGAAACAGGUAUGCCCAUCUGGGUUAACGUUCCUACCACCUGACUCAACGACCAGAUGAACAAAAGGAAACUAUUUUUUAGACAAUAUUGCUCUCCCAAGUCAUUCUUGAGUUUCGCCUCCUUAAAAUCUUACCCUGCUUGAGUAUGGUGACCAGUGCACAGGAAACUAAGAGAAAUGAACUUAUCAUCAGCUCCCUCUCCUAUGAAUGCCCUGUGUGAGGAAAUCCACUGCCACAGAUCCUCACCUUCAACAAUCCUCCCUUCUGUGCUGCCUGCCAGUGGCGAGUGAGGUUCCCAAAUGCCGGCAAGCCCCAGGACUUGACUCAUUGCUCAGGGAGGGCAGGACAGCAUGGGUCCUCACCAUACAAACAUCAACAAAUUCCAGCCCAAGCUAUCCCCAGAACUAGCUGUCUCCAGGGAUCUCAGGAGAAAAAGGGGACCCCUUGAUCAGAGCAGAGGGGAAGAAACAGGGGGUCUCCUUCAGCCCACUGAGGAAGAGGAAAUUGCUCAGUAGGAUAUUUUAUAAGCCUGAGAGUUUUGAAAAAGCAGAAUGAGUUGAUUCAUUUUCACCUCUAAAGGAUCCUUUCCACAAUUCCCUGGAAACUUGUUUCUCCUUCCGCCCCCCUUCCCCCAAAAGUGUUUAAAAAGGAAAAAUGGUGAGGAAAUAGUCCUUUUACCAUAAGGGAAAGCCCCCGCUGGCCUUCUGGGGGAUGAAAGCUUGAAUGAUCCCAGGAGGCCUUUUAAUUAGUGUGAAAUCCUUCCCCAGCCUUGGCAGCUCAGGCCAGGACCCUAGAGGCAGUCAGCGUUCCAGAGUCCUUACGUGGCGCUGCUCUAGAAGCACAUUCGAGGGACAGAGAAAACAGGGAGCCCAGGCGGGCCAGCUCCCCCAGCGGUGUUGGCACCCACUAACAGCCCUGACUUGAUUCUCAGAAUUCCAACAACUGGCGAGUCUGUAAAAGCAGUUUUUAAAAACAAACAAGCCAAACCAAAUCAAUAUUGUUGUUUCUAGAUGUUCCAUCUGUGGCUGACUCAAUUUUACAUAAAUAACACUAAUAGGCAGUUAUGAUUAAUUAUAACCAUUUAAAAGAGGGGGAGGAGUUAGAGAUGGAAAGAUACUUAAUUCAGGAAUAUAUUUUUAUUUCAACAUUAGAUUAUUAUAUAAUGCAACUAUUGACUUAGAGAUUGAAGGUCUUAUGGCCAGAUUUAUGAGAGUAUUUUUAAAUAAUAAUAAUAUUACCUUCUGAUUAUUUUUUUUUCAAGAGAUUUUUCUUCAGCCUUCUGAGGCUAGGCCAUCACCUUGUCAUAUACAGCAAAUCAUCUCCCAGCAAGUGUGGUAGGUUCUUAGGUGUCCCCAGGACCAACUCAGAGUCUUGAAGGUUUGAAAUUUGACCCCACAUUCCAAUUUUAAGACAGGAGGCAACCCUUGUUAUGGGUCCCAAAUGAACAUUGCUCCCACAGAAAGCAUUUCAGUGGCCCCAAAAGGGUUGAAAUCCUGUUUUUGUUUUUUAAUUUAUCUUCCUUAACUGUUACUGUCAUGUGACUUUUCCUUCCUUCCUUCCUUCCUUCCUUCCUUCCUUCCUUCCUUCCUUCCUUCCUCCCUCCCUCCCUCCCUCCCUCCCUCCCUCCCUCCCUCCCUUCCUUCCUUCCUUCCUUCUUGUGAGGGUCAGAGGCAGAAACAAGUCAAAUGCAAUGACUAUACUGCAUUUACCCAUCUACUCAGCACUGCCUACCUCUCAGGUUGGCCCAGAGUGAAGAUAUUGGGUAAGAUUUUAAUAACUCUGAAAGAUGAGCUGGGUAAGUAAAAUCUUGACGGAUCCAGAGCAUAGUUCCUUUUAUCGCUGGCCUUCAUCUCUUGACAAAGGCAGUGAAAUAAUUGCCCGACAACUCAGAAUCACAGGCAUGAAUAAGAGGAUCUUGUUUGAAAUGAGGGACACAGCUGCCUGGCACAAAACUAAUGCCUAGAAAAGUGAAAAACAUCAGUUUCUUUGGCCACAGGAUCUCAGACUAAAGCACAGCUUCCCAGGGCACAGCACUGUCCUCUGUGUCCACUUUUCCGCUGGAUGGCCAGUAAAGAUCUUGAAUUUUCAUUAGGAAAAAAAUCCUAUUUUCUAGCAUUUGUCAAAUGAAGCAAUAGAAGCUCUUCAGCCUACCAGGGUCCAUUGGCCACUUUGCCGACAGAAACAUCGUAGAGUUGUCACAAAAGGAUCACACCUGGAAAAGACCCUAAAGAUCCCAGAGUCCCAGGAAUCAGCAAGGUCUGGAAAAAGAAAAGUAAAAGGGAGGCGGAGUCAGGAAGGUGCAGGUCUAGCUGAGUUUUCACCCUGAGAAACCAGUGGGAGUCUGAACCUAAAAUUAAAUUGGCCCAGAGGCAGCAGAUAGCCGGGAGGGUCUUAUGAGUCUCAGCCCUUGGCCCGGAGCCAUCUCGGGAGCGGAAUGGAUUAAAAUGAUGAAGUCUUAGACCUUGGAAAGGUGAAGAGUUAGCUCAUAGUUAAACUUAAGUCCACAACUCCCAAGGGAUCACUGGCUUAGUUUUGUGUCCGACAUUAAAAAGAAUCUUAAGUGUUAGAGAAAGAAAUGUGCACACAAAGCACCCUGGUUCUGAUGUCAGGAGCACUGAUGGGUCACAUCACUGGCCUUAGGCCCCUUCUGCACACAGGCCUAUUGUCUUCUGUUCAUUGCUCUUCUGCCCUCAAACCAAACAGCAGGUGCCGCCUCAGGAAGGCAUGCUCCUCUCCCUUUGUCAAUAUUCUCCUCCCAGCUUAGUUUCAGGACCCUUUCAUUUCAUAAUUAGGUAUGAUUCAAGUGUGCACAGUUUUAUUUACUAUUACUGAAGGAACUAGAUCCAAACCUUCCCUCCCCAACCAAAUAUAAAAUAAAAGAUGGCCGCACGAGAGGGUUUGUUCUAAUCUGUGUGUCUAUAAAAGCAAUCUGUUUUAUGGCAAAACAUAGUUUUAAGGAACUAGUUAUCUAAGAUAUAUUUAUGUAGCUUGAGAUUUCACAAUAUUGACUAUGCAUAUAUUUAAAAUAUAAAAUGCCCAGCUGAUGUUUGAAUUUGUCUUACUUUCCUGACCACCUGGUUGACCCAUUUGAUAAGCUGGAGAGUUAACUAAUUUAACAAAAGAUACCUAGAUUUUAGGAAAAACAAGCAUCUCAUUUAAUAAAGACACUUGAUUUUCUCAAGACCUUUAACUGUGGUGAUAAAAUAACAGGACUUGCUUUUCAGCCUUAAUGAAUGUAAAAUGCCUUUUAAUGAAGAUAUUGCUGAGUGUUUUCCUCAUAUGAACCAGUUAUAAAUUUGUUUUCCAGUCUCAAUUGAUAUUGAUUGAUUCAAAUAAAGUUGGUUUAUUUUCAAAUAUUA